CACUUCAUUUUUCGAAGAAAGAUUAUUCUACUUAUCAAUAUAAACAUAUGUGGCGGCAAUUAGCUUUGAAGAAGUGAGAAACCAUGGCGAGCGUCGGGAGCGCUUUUCUAGCGCCAUCCUGUUCUUCUCGCACAACUUGCCUUCCCAUUUUUAAUAGUGCAAGGGAGAAAUUCUGUAACAAAGGUACAAUUUCACAAGCAAUUCGCUGCUUUUACAAUCAUCAAAGCAUUGGGAUCAGAGGAAUUUCGUUAAGUCCGAAAGGGCGAGCUCUUGGAAAACGAAUCUUGGUGGAAGCAGUGUUUGGGAGGAAAUCUACAAAGAGAGAAACCGUGAUACCUAGUCCAGAUUAUCGAAUACCAGUCAUUUUAACAGGUAUUGCAGGUGUAUUAAUCUAUAAAGAUAAUUUAUUUCUUGGUGCGCCAAUUGGUCUCCUGGGAUUGCUUUUAUUUUUUCAGACUACAAGAGUGAGAUUUGUCUUUGAUAAUGAGGCCCUGGAAGUAAAAGUGGGAGAUCAGCUUAAAGAGUCUGGUGAGAAUGUAUUUGUCGGUGGAAAAAAUCAAUGGAAGUACUCAACAUUUAUAAAUUGGGAGCUUUGGUGGCCAAGCUUCCCAAUUCUUGUGUAUUUUAAGGAGAGGCAGACAAAGCCAGAAGGUCAAAUACACUUUUUCCCAGUGAUUUUUAAUGGAAAGCAGCUCUAUGAUGUCAUGGUUGAACGGGCUGGGCCAUCUAAAGGCAGUGGUCCAAAGUAGUCCCUUUCAUUCUUGAAAUGGCAACUUUCCUCAUUUUCAGAAAAUCUAUGUGAAAGUAGGAAGAAGGCCUAAUAGUGAUGUCAUGAACAGGUUUGAGGCUAUAAAGUGUUUGUGCUUGUUUUGGCCAAUAAUUGGUAGUUGGAAGAUUCUGAAGAUAUAUAAAUUGUUUCAAAUGAUUUAUCGGGUGUAAGGGUUCCACAGGCAACACUCAUUAGAAUAAUGUUAGAAAUUAAGAUGGAGAAGGUACAACUAGUCCAGGGAAUAAAAGUAGCUAUAAGUUUGUGAGUGGGUCUAGCUAUUGUAUUUGCCAUCGUUGCAAAUUGAUAACUAGAAAUACCAUAGUAAAGUAUUGAAUUAUCACUUGGCAGUUUUAUUAAUGUACCCGAUGAUUUUCAUUUUUAGGGGAUUGAAAAUUGUUCUAAAGAGGAGAAGCAUUUAAGUAAUAUAUUUGUUCCUGCAGAAUUAACUUUA